AUGCAGUUCGAUAGUCUUGAGUGGAAUCAACCUUUCUCUGCAACUACUAGUGAUCGAGGCGCCGCCUCAGUGCCGCCUUUGAAAAGACAUGCAGCUUGUGAUGAGUGCCGAAAACGAAAAUUAAAAUGCUCCGGUGAGGCUACAGGCUGUAGUCGUUGCCUCAAGCAAUCUCUUGUUUGCCAUUAUUCAUUACAGAAGCAAAUGGGCCGGCCACCGAAAAAGCGAAUGCGCGAGGACAAUGAUGAAUCAAUAUAUGGGACAGCAGACCAGGCAUUAUGGAGCGACAUGGAUGAUUCAACUCGGAUCUCCUCAGAAGCCGCGGCAGUGUCCGAAGCCUUACAUCUGUUUUCCCCAGUGUACACGGUUCCUAUGCGAAUGCCGCAGCCCAUUCCCAACUUGUUAUCUACUGACGAUAGUCACAAUCACCUAUGGCGACUGGAUCAUGGUAGACUGCUGAAUCCUGUUCCUGCGACAAGCGGCCCCUGGCCUGAUUUUUCCAGCGUCUCUGCCGCAACGGCCUGUCCGUUUGCAAUCCAGUCAGGCUUGAGUCAGAUGAACACUCCCCCUCUAUCGCCCCCUAGCACAGAUAUUAGUAACAGCUCUCCAUGCACUUGCCUCUCAUAUCUUUAUUUAUGUCUCAGCCAUCUUGCGUCACUUGCCCCCUUUCCGAUAUCCCAACACACCUUAUGUUCGUUAUGCAUCGCGGCCAAAACAGCUCGCGCCGUGAUCCAAUGUGACGUCUGUCCCACAAGUUUUGCUUCAGCAAUGCAAAACGUCAUGUUCACCGGGACGCUUCUAAAUGUCAUGGCGGAUGCCUGGUUGCGCGUGUCGAUGACCGAUGCUGAGGAACUUUGCAAAUCAGCGGCACCGCCGGCUUAUGUGGCCGCUCUGGUGCAAAAUUCGUCGAAUCUCUCGGAAAGCUGGAAGGAGUGGCUGCGACAAACCGUUAGGAAUGCUAUCACGGGUGGCUCUGUUGAUCCUGCUGGCCAGGUCAAAUGCUCGGAUUCGCCCACGCUGAUGUCUCUUGUUGAGGAAAUGGAGGCGCGCCAACAUCGGUGGCAUCAGUCUCGAGCGGCCGAAUCCCCCGAUCAGUCCACUUCUUCCUCCCCGCCCAACCUUGAUGACCGUCAGGAAGGGGAUAUGCUCUGUCUUCGUGUGCUUCGAAAUGUCAGAGACGUCAUUGACAAGUUUGAGUUUGCGCCUCAUGAAUACCCAGAGAGUUCAAUUUGA